AUGUUAAGAUCGAGAACCAAAUGUGCUAACAGUCUUCUUCAAAUACGUAAAAAAUCUCACCUACGCCAAGUUAUUAGCUUUUCUUCAAGAGAAUUGGGAUUGACAGAACAUGAACUAGAAACCAUUGAUAAAUUGCCCUUUUUUGACCAAGAUAGGGUCAAUACUCGUAAGAGGUACCCAACUACCAAGAGGCAAGCAUACUUAAAUGAGAAAUUACCAGCUGUCAAAUUAUUAUUCGGUGAAGAUCCUCAAUACCCUGGUUUUAUCAGUCAUUCUUUACCCUCGAUGAUGCCCAUACCUUUUGAAGCGACUCAAGGUACUGACGAAGAAACUAUUGCCAAUAGAUUAUCGGUGACUAAGCUUCUAACCAAGAGUUGGUGUGAACUUCGACAUGCCUAUGACGUCUACGCUAAAAUACCGAUGUUUGAAGGUAAACCUAUCAUUAAGGGUAAGGAGGAACAUCAAAGACUGGAGGAUGAAACACAUUCAUUAGCUGAAGAACAAAGAGCUUUUGAAAAGGAUUUCGAAGUUGUAAUUCCUGAUGAUGAUUUCCAUAAAUUGGCAGAAUCAUGGUUUGCAAGCUUAGUUAAGAUGGUUAACCUUUUUACUGAUGGUGAAGCAAGAGAAGUAUUAUGCCAUGGAUAUUUAAACAAAAAAAAGGCGCGUUUGGUAGAAGGUCCUAUUAUUGGGGAUGAUGAUGAUGAUGUUUUGGUAAGUGGUAUCAUCGAUCAUUUGAUAUUGAAGUUACGGGACGUUCCUGUUUCCAAUAAUGUCUUGCCUUUAAGACUAGAAAACGCCAUUGUGAGUAAAAAUUGUGAGGAUAUAGCUGUGGUCUUUGAUCAAUUAGAAAGGGCUGGUCCCAAUCUACAAAAUAAAUUUGAAAUUAUGGUUAGUGAUGUGAAGACGAGAUUUAUGCGGAAAAUCCCAAGUCAACCGAGUGUUUUAAAGGCAAGCAAGUUACAAGUAAUGUAUUAUCGAUAUUUUAUGGAAGUUUUGGGUCAAAAUCCUCAGGAAACUUAUAAUAAAUUGCUGAUAAAUGCUCAACGAAGAGGUUUCGACGUUAACAGGUUUAUUGAUCCAGCUAAGGUGUUAAGCAUGAUGGCAACUGAUGAUAUGAUAAGAAUGGAUAUGUAUCGAUUGAAAAAUGGAGAUGCCAUUGGAUUUGAACCAUUUGAUGAUAGCGAAUUAAACGUUUCAGAAUCAGCUACUUACGAUAUGUCUGAUUAUCACGACAUUAUUACAGAUGCAAGAGUCAUACAAAAGUACAGCGAUUUCUUUGAACCUUGGGCUAAACCUGUUACUUUAAAAUAUUUUGCAGCCCGUUUAGCUCAAAUGUACCACCAUUUGAGACCACUCUUGUCGAAUAAGUUGAUGAUAGAAUAUUAUUAUAACGGCGAUAAUUUUCACAAUAUCAUAUUUGAAUUUGAUCCUAAACUAUUAAGGGAAAGUUCUUCAGAUAGUGCAAAAUUUUGGUUCGGUCAAAGAGAUAUCGAACCAAUUAGUCGUAAUCUCAAGAACUUUCUCACCUUUUGCAAGUAUUGUGAUUAUGAAUCCGUAUGUUCUUGGAAAAGAGGCGGCAACGACAUGUGCAAAGAAUUGGGUACCGAUCUUGCAAAAAUCCAAAAAAGUUGA